AUGAGGAUUUGGUGGAUUUUUAUGGGUAUCAUCACACCUAUUCAUGGAUUUUUAUGGACACUUUUUGGAGGAGGCAACAACUGUAACUGUUGUCAAUGUGCUGCAGCUCCAUCACCUCCUCGCUUCCCAGCUACUCAUCCGAAUUUCUUCGCCUCUCCAACGCUGGUUCCUCAAUUUCAAAACUCUUAUUCAUAUUCAUAUUCUCCGCCAGCACCUCCAGCUCCUCCAGCUUCUGCCCCAAUUUACUCAAUACCUGCUCCUGAUCUUAUCACAACCACUGAUAACUAUCGCGGACCUCCAGCAGCCUCACCAAUCAGUCAGGAGCAGUUGGACAAUGAGAGAAAGUAUGCGACGAAUCAAGUGGUUUAUCAUUCAGAAUCCCGCCCAGUCACCACAUCCGAGUAUGGAGAUCAAUCUUUGACACAGCUGGAAGAGGAAUUGGCGGCCGAGAAAUACAAAUACAACCAACAGAAAGAAAAAGAGGAGAAAAAGAAGCAAGGAAAGAUAAAAGUGUUCAAGAUCAAACCCCAUAAGUCAUCUAGAGUUAGCAUCGGAAUGGUGGAGUGGCAAACGUCGCAAGUGGCCAAGUUGAUUCCAGAUACCAACGAAAAAGCAGUGGACAAAUUCAUCGAAGCCACAUCGGAUGCCAAUGAAGUUGGCAAUGAUAAUGAGAGUUUGGAAGAGUUUAUUCCCAUCGAAAUCGGAAGUGAACCUGAAUACGCGGAUGAGGAACCGGCAGGACCACCGCCGAAUGUUAGGAAUCGGAUAUCUCAUGACCCGGUUCUCGUCAACAGUAUUGUCAACAGAAGACGCUUCAUUUUAUGA